ACUAUUAGAACGACAAAAUCAAUUUAAUAUGAUUAAAAAUCAACGUAAAAUAGAUGAUGAAAAAAAUAUUGUCAAAUUGGAUCAUCCACCGAUUGAUCCAUUAGAUUUUCUUGAACGUUAUCGUCAACGUAAUAAUUUAUCUGAUGAAUCACCAAUAAAUAAAAUAUCAACAUCAUCAUUAUCAUCGGAUGGCCGUUGUCCAAGUGAAUCACAAUCAUUUACAAAUUCUACAAUUGCUAUAAUAUCACCGAAAAAGAAUAAAAAAUCAAUUAAUAAUGGUGAUGAUGCUGGUGAUGAUGAUGAUGAUGAACAAUCAUCAACAAAUGGUGGUUCAUCCGUUACCAUCGAUACGGAUCAAUCACAAAUGGAACGUGGCCAAUGGUCGGGUAAAUUGGAUUUUAUUUUCAGCUGUAUUUCCUAUGCUGUUGGUCUUGGAAAUGUAUGGCGUUUUCCUUAUCUAUGCUAUGAAAAUGGUGGAGGAGCAUUCUUAUUUCCAUAUCUAAUCUGCAUAUUUGUUAUUGGCGUACCAUUAUUCUUGAUGGAAGUAUCACUUGGUCAAUAUUUUCAUGCAGGUGGUGUAUCUAUCUGGAAUCAGAUACCAAUAUUGAAAGGUGUUGGUUUUGCAUCAAUGAUUAUGAUUGGCCUAUGUAAUACAUAUUAUAUUGUAAUCAUUGCAUGGACAUUAUAUUAUCUAUUCAGUUCAAUAAAUGUACCAUUACCAUGGAUGACAUGUGAUAAUGAAUGGAAUACAAUUUCAUGUUGGAUUAGUACUGUCAGUGGUAGUGGUAGUGGUAAUAAUGGUGAAUCAAUUGAAUCACCACCGGGUUCUGUAUCACCUGCACAAGAAUUCUGGACUCAUAAAGCAUUGAAUAUUAGUGGCGAUAUGGCUGAAAUUGGUCAAGUUCAAUGGCAUCUAUUUGGAACAUUAAUUCUAGCAUGGAUAUUAGUAUAUAUAGUAAUUUAUAAAGGUAUCCAUCAAAGUGGAAAAAUUAUCUGGGUAAUGGCCAUGUUUCCAUAUGUUAUAUUGACAAUAUUAUUUGGUUAUGGUAUAUCAUUACCUGGAGCAUUGGAUGGUAUAUCAUUCUACAUAACACCACAAUGGCAUAUGUUAAAAGAAGCUAAAAUCUGGGUUGCUGCCGGUACACAAUUAUUAUUCACAUAUGGCAUAGGUAUUGGCACAAAUAUUGCACUUGGUAGCUAUAAUCCAACUAAUCAUAAUUUCUAUCGCGAUUCUCUUAUUGCUUGUCUAUUGAGUUCAUUUACAUCAUUAUUUUCUGGUUUUGUCAUAUUUUCUGUAUUGGGCCAUAUGGCAUAUACAAUGAAUACUAAUGUUGCUGAUGUAGCAAGAUCUGGACCCGGUUUAGCGUUUAUCGUGUAUCCGGAAGCGGUUACACGUCUUCCAUUACCGAAUUUAUGGGCAAUACUAUUUUUUGGCAUGCUAUUAGUACUGGGAAUUGAUUCACAAUUCUGUACAGUUGAAUCAUUCGUAACCGGCAUCGUGGAUGAAUGGCCACAUUUACUUCGUCCACAUAGAAAAUUAUUCACAUUGUUUGUCGUAUUUAUCCAUCUUAUAUUGGGAAUAUCAAUGAUCACAUCUGGCGGAAUGUACAUUUUUCAAUUGAUGGAUAAUUUUUCCGCUAGUGGAAUCACAUUGAUCGUUGUUGUAUUGUUUGAACUUGUUGCUUUUGGCUGGAUUUAUGGUGGCAAAAGAAUUUAUCAAAAUAUGGUGGAAAUGUUGGAUUUUAAACCGACACGUAUUCUUUAUUAUAUCUGGUGUUAUAUAAGUCCUGCUUGUCUAUUGGGAAUAUUAAUAUUUUCUAUUGUUGAUUAUAAAGCACCGGAAUAUGCAGGUAAACCAUUUCCAUGGUAUGGUGAAUUAUUUGGUUUUUGUAUUGCAUCAGCAUCAAUCAUAUUCAUACCGACAUAUAUGAUAUACUAUCUAUUCAUUAAAUCGGAUCCAAAUCAAUCAUGGGCAGAGCGUCUAAUAAAUGGAUUUCGACCAAUCGAUGAACAAACAACAGAUCGUAGUACAAGUAAAGCUCAGAUGAUUGAUUCGAAUCAUUCAAAUUCAAUGGCCAAUAGUAUUGUUGUUAUUAAAUCCGAUAAUAUUACAUGUUCAUCAUCAUUACCAUCGGAACGAACAAUGGACAAUAGUUCAUUAUAUCAGAAUAGUGUUUAAAGUGGAACAAAACAAAAAAAAACGAAAGGUCAUAAAACAUACACAAAAUUUACAAAUUUUAAUUUCUUUUUCUGUUCG